AUGGUCUUUAUCGUGUCUCUUGACACUACUACACUUGCAGUGGCAACGCCUGUCAUUACCCGCGACCUCGGUGGUACGACAAUAGAAUCAUUCUGGGCAAGCAUCUGCUUCAUGCUGGCUGUCUCGGUGACUCAGCCGUUGUAUAUAAGCACAUCGGACGUUCUCGGUCGCAAAAUUCCCCUUUAUACUGCAUACCUGUUUUUUGCAGUUGGCUCCAUCAUCUUUGGCGCGGCUCCGAACAUGUCGACAUUGAUCAUCGGGCGAACCAUUCAGGGUUUGGGUGGCAGUGGUCUCGAUGUGCUCAACGAAAUAAUCACGGCAGACAUGACCACCAUGAAAGAGCGUCCAAUGUACCUUGGGAUCCUUGGAAUCCCAAUGGCUGCUGGAUGUAUUUUGGGCCCAAUUGUGGGCUCGUUGUUUACCCAGUUCGUCUCUUGGAGAUGGAUCGGGUGGAUCAAUCUGCCGCUGAUCGGGUUCAGUUUCUUCUUGUCGCACUUCUUCCUUAAACUAAGGCCGUUGGAAGGCUCUUUCAUUUCUAAGUCUCGCUCUCUCGAUCUACUCGGCAUGUCGCUUUUUUUGGUCGGGUGCACUGCGUUCGUCAUGCCACUGAGUUGGGCGGGUGCUUUAUACGCCUGGGGCUCAUGGAGAACACUUCUUCCUUUGAUCAUCGGCGUCAUCCUCCUCAUUGUCUUCGUUAUCUAUGAGCGCAAACCUGAAUGGCCGGUUAUACCAUAUCGUCUGUUCAAUUCGGCCACAACGAUCUCAACGUUCCUUGGCGGAUUUCUGCACGGCUUGAUUCUUUACACACUCAAUACAUACCUGCCGCUAUUUUAUCAAGCCACUUUUUCUGAAACACCUCUUCAUGCCACCAUCACCUUGAUACCGAUGAGUAUCUUGAACCUCUUCUUUAGCUGCGUGUCACCGAUUUCUGUUGCUUAUUUACGAAAAUAUUUGUGGAAUAUAAGGGUCGGCUGGGUGGCACUGACCCUCGGGGCAGGCUUGCUUCUCCUCAUCAAUCCAGACUCAUCGGUCGCUUUCCGCACUGGCAUGCCUAUUGUGGUGUCUUUGGGGAUCGGCAUACUUUUCACGGUUCUCGUUCUGCCCGCCCAAGCGAGUCUGGCGAGCGUGGACGAUAUGGGGCUGGCUGUGGGACUGGUCGUGUUUUUCCGAUUACUCGGCGGCCUCAUAGGCCUUGCCAUUGGCGCUACGGUGUUCAGCAGUGUUUUCGCAAAGUCUAUGAAAGAAGUUAGCGCCCUUCCAAGUAGUCUGGUGGCGCUUGAGAACAGCCAGAACGCCAUUGGUUUCAUUCCUCAGUUGAAGGAUCUCAAAUCAUCUGUACCGCCAGAGACGUUGAAUAAGGUCAUCGAAGUAUACAACCACUCGUUUCAAUUAAUAUGGAUAGUGCUGACCGUCUUUGCCGGCAUCGGGCUUGUCUCCUCGCUAUUUACCAAAGAAAUUAGCAUGGAGAAGGAAGAACUAGGAAGGCAGCGCUUCGAGCCGUCUGAAUAG